CUAGGCUCGACUGUAUCCACAGUUAUAAACGCGUCGACAUUGGAUUUGGUUGCGAGCAAGCGAGCAAAGGCGCUAAAAUAAACACAUAUAUAUAUAUAUAUCUAUCUAUAUAGAAGAACAUGUUGAACGAGGGUCGUGCCUAUGAUUGUUAUGCAAUGCCCAAAUCGAUAACAGCAAAAGAAACAGCAGCGACAACUGCGACAAUAAUUACUUUACAUACACGCGCGAGCAGCACAAAAAUCGCAUUAAUAUUAUUAUUAAUUUUAUGCUGCUUAUGUGAUUAUAAUUAUGGCAGCUGGGGCUCACAAUGCUGGAAGAAACACAAUUCGGGCUCCAUUCAAACGCGAGAUGGAGAAUUUAAGCGUCCGUUUGGGAUACUCUGCACCUAUCGCUGCUUUCUCUGGUUUCCGCCCAUCUAUCCCUACUGUGAAUUCAUAUUCGAUUUGCGCUUAUCCAGGCAUUUCACUUCAUUUCCGGACUGCUAUGAGAUACGCUGCAAUGAGACCUUCACAUUCUUUGGCAACGAGCCACAAUUUUGAAUGAAUGAACA